UGAAGUGUGGUAAGCGCAAUUGAAACUCGUGCGUAAACUUUGCACUAUGUACGUACACGCAACGGGCCGCCGACUUUGAUCAUCGUCAUCACACGGGUAUUUGCCUCGAUGACGCGCGUGUCUCUGACGUCGAGGAAUGAGCAAUGACGAGAGGAAAAGAGGGAGAGGGCAGACUACAGCAGACGGAGGCGUUCCCCGUUUUGGAGGGGACGAUAUCUCCCCGUAUCUCAGGGUUUUUCCUCGUUUAUCUCUUCAGUCUCGCACCCGGACUCCGAGCGGUCGAAUCGUCGGUUCGUGGCUCGUUUUUCCCCUUCUCUUCUUUUACCGUUUAAGACCGUCUUACCUGAGCGGAACGUACAGUUUUCCUCGGCCACGUGGGUCAGUGUCAACUCGUCUUCGGAUCGUCCGUCCAAGAUCGUUCAGUUACUCGAUCGACUGCCGGCGAUUUUUAGACCGCCCAAUCAUUUCGAGCGAUACCCACAGGUCGGACCCGCGAUCUAAAGAUACCGAGAACAACGAGGAGGGGAAUUCUCGAGAAUUUGCGCAACCCCAAUCAGCAUGAAACAUCCUCGCUUGAUAGAAAGUUUGAAAGUCGCGAAAGUACAGAUCUCGUAGUGCGAAAUAAGACACGAGUGUGCAAGCGUGGCCGAUUUCGAAGGAAGCGUGAUUUUUGCGAUUACUUUUGUAACUCAAACAUAUAAUAAAUCGGCGAAUAUAGUUCAACUGCGAUAAAAGAAGAAAGGAAAUUGAAUUAUACAAGAGAAAACGGCGUGGAACGCGGAGAUAGAAGAUAAACUGAAUGAUAAAGUGAAGAGUAAAAGAAGAGAAAAGUAAUAGAAAAGCGGAAAUAGAAUAUUGGAAGCAAAUAGAAGAGGAAAAGACGAGAAGAAUAGAAGGACGAAUCGGAAGGAAGAGAAGUAUUUCGACAGAGGAGGGUAUAGAGAGAACAACGGGGAGAAGAGUAGAACAUAUUAGAAGGGAGAGAAACAUCUCGAAAGCGGCAGGCACUUGAAAGCGAGUGAUCGACUUUAUACGGUGAGCGUGUGCGCGUCGCGACCACAUGACUCCCGAUUACAGCUGAUCGAUUGUAGCAUGUACGUCCUGAAGAAAGGGGGAUUUCUCCAGUAUGAUAGCACCCUGUCCACGUGUCAAGUACGUGAGGAAUUUCUGCAGCGCUACCAUGAGUUAUUGCAACGGUAUAUGGAUAUCGGGGAGGACAUCGGCGUCCCCGAAGAGUUCACGAAGGGUGAGAUGGUAUCUGGAAUGUGGUGGCGACAUUUAUUAUCCGGGGGGAUAGCAGGUGCGGUAUCACGUACUUGCACCGCGCCCUUAGACCGUAUCAAGGUCUAUCUACAAGUCCACGGCACACGACACUGCAAUAUCAUGAGUUGCUUCAGGUACAUGUUGCGUGAGGGUGGCAUUAGGAGCCUGUGGCGCGGCAAUGGCAUUAACGUGCUCAAGAUUGGCCCGGAGACAGCGCUCAAGUUUAUGGCAUACGAACAAGUGAAGCGGGCGAUCAAGGAGGACGAUGAGGGCCGCGAACUUGGGCUCUACCAGCGAUUUUGUGCUGGCUCCAUGGCCGGUGGCAUCAGUCAGUCAGCCAUCUAUCCCCUUGAGGUACUGAAGACUAGACUUGCAUUGCGAAAAACGGGCGAAUUUAAUGGCGUGGUUGACGCAGCCACGAAAAUAUAUAGACAAGGUGGUUUGAAAUCCUUCUACAGAGGCUAUGUACCUAAUUUGAUAGGAAUACUUCCUUAUGCCGGCAUCGAUUUAGCCGUCUACGAAACGCUGAAGAAUAGUUACUUACGUACGCAUGACAAAAAGGAACAACCGCCAUUUUGGAUUCUAUUGCUGUGUGGCACCGCGUCCAGCACAGCCGGCCAAGUAUGCUCGUAUCCGCUAGCGUUAGUGCGGACGCGACUGCAGGCCGAGAUUGCGCCCGAACGCUUGCCUAACACAAUGAUUGGCGUCUUCAAAGACAUUCUCAACCGCGAGGGAGUACGCGGUCUGUAUCGCGGCCUCACGCCUAAUUUUCUCAAGGUUGCACCUGCCGUAUCUAUUAGUUACGUAGUAUAUGAGCAUUUCCGGCAGGCGUUGGGCGUCAACAUGACGUGAUGAACAUGAAUGCUAGGUGACUGAUUAAUUCAAUUAACUAACUUAUUCUCUCUCUUUUUCCUCUCUUUCUCUACCCCUCUCUCUCUCUCUCUCUCUUUUCACUCGUCGUUAUAAAUAAUCGACAUGACGAAUGAUCAUUUGGCGAUAAGUCGCGUUCGUUUGUCUUUUCUCAAAAAGAAAAAAGAAUAAAGAAGAAACAAAAUGGCGGUGAUUACUUUUAUUGUUAUCGCUAACGUAAGAAACUUCUUUGAUUAAUCGAACAUUCUAUCGCAAUUUUUUUAUAAUUUAUUAAGAUUUUAAUAUAUUUUUAAUAUUUCAAUAUUAAUAAAUUAAAAAUAGUGCGAAUCAAAAUAUUAUAAUUAUCGAUUUUCUAGCAAUUGCUGUUGUAUAGAUUGUUGUUACAAUGCAAUGAUACUUUAUUUUGGCCAAUACAGUACAAAGAAUGUCUUGCGUGUAAGAAAAGUAUUAUGUGUAGUCUUUCUGUAAACGAAUACGCGAGCAAGUUUUGAAUGGACAGCCAUCAAAGGAAAGGCCAGUUCUCAAUUAUUCUUUAGUAAAAACGUAUUUUAUUGGCGGAAACGUUCAAGUCAGCAUCAACAUUCAGUCUAAAAUUUGUAUAUUAUAUAAAUCACUAUUAUAAUUGUUUACUUUCUAACUAUAAUUUAUUCCUAUAUU